AUGUGGUGGAUUCUAGCCAGUCUUCUUUUCGCUGGAGCAAUGGCUCAGGAUCGUCCACUUUGUGCCGACAAUGAGAUGUUCAAUGGACGAGAGUGCAUUUGUGCGCCUGGCUACUUUACUUCAUUGAACAACUCGCGAGCUCGAUGCAACGAUGAGUGCGAUAAUGUCUACAAGUCAUGGUUCACCACUGGUGAAUGUAUCGAAGCAUUCAAGAGUUUGAAAGAAGAGCAACGACCAGCUUGUCAUCUUCGGUGCGGUCUCCGAAUUGCUGUUUUGGCUCAAAUCGCAUUGAUCGUUAUUCUGGCAGCUGCUUUGUCCACACUUUUCUUUACAAUUCCAAUGUGCAUAGCCACUUGUUGCUCGUGUAUUCAAGCAAAGAGGGCGAACAAAAACGCGAAACGAGUUUACAAUGAUACGCAGGCUUCGAAAUCGCAAGAGCUCUCAAAUGUCGGCAAUCCUUACGCUUACUCGUAUUGGCCAUGGUACGGACGACAA